UGUUCACCCUUCUCUCUCUCACAGCCAUUACCAUAACCUCAAUCUCAUUCUCAACACCAUGUCUUCCUUCUCUGUUCGCUUUUUCACCCCUCCAUGCUACCUCAACUCUCGCCCCAAGACAUGGCUAUCUGCAACUCCAACUGUGGCUUCGGUUUCUUCAGAGGUGGAGGCAUCAAGGUUGGAGCCUAGAGUGGAAGAAAGAGAUGGAUACUGGGUUUUGAAGGAAGAGUACAGGGCAGGCAUCAAUCCUCAAGAAAAGGUGAAGCUUGAGAAAGACCCCAUGAAGCUUUUUAUGGAAUCUGGUAUUGAAGAUUUGUCAAAGAUGUCUCUUGAGGAAAUUGAAAGGUCUAAGCUCACUAAGGAUGAUAUUGAUGUUAGACUCAAAUGGCUUGGCCUUUUUCAUAGGAGAAAGCAUCAGUAUGGUAGAUUCAUGAUGAGACUGAAACUUCCAAAUGGGGUAACAACGAGUGCCCAAACACGAUACUUGGCGAGUGUGAUCAGAAAGUACGGGAAAGAUGGGUGUGCUGAUGUGACAACGAGACAGAAUUGGCAAAUUCGAGGUGUGGUGCUACCUGAUGUCCCUGAAAUUCUUAAGGGCCUCGCAGAAGUUGGGUUGACAAGUCUUCAGAGUGGCAUGGACAAUGUUAGAAACCCUGUGGGUAACCCUCUUGCAGGAAUUGAUCCAGAUGAGAUUGUUGAUACCCGACCUCUCACUAACUUGUUAUCUCAAUUCAUCACUGCCAAUUCACGUGGCAACCCAACUAUGUCAAAUUUGCCAAGGAAGUGGAAUGUAUGUGUGGUGGGGUCCCAUGAUCUCUUUGAGCAUCCCCACAUUAAUGAUCUGGCUUACAUACCUGCUAAUAAGGAUGGUCGUUUUGGAUUCAACUUAUUGGUUGGUGGUUUCUUUAGUCCCAAGCGUUGUGCAGAAGCAGUUCCACUUGAUGCAUGGGUUUCCGCAGAUGAUGUAAUCCCUGUUUGUAAAGCUGUCCUUGAGGCCUAUAGGGACCUUGGCACCAGAGGGAACAGACAGAAAACAAGAAUGAUGUGGUUGAUUGACGAACUGGGAAUAGAAGUAUUCAGGUCAGAGGUGGAAAAAAGAAUGCCAGGGAAGCAACUGGAGAGGGCAUCCCAGGAAGAUUUGGUUCAGAAACAAUGGGAAAGAAGAGACUACUUAGGUGUUCAUCCACAGAAACAGGAGGGUUUAAGCUAUGUUGGGAUUCACAUUCCAGUUGGUAGAGUCCAAGCAGAUGAGAUGGAUGAGCUAGCACGUUUGGCAGAUGAAUAUGGCACUGGUGAACUCAGGCUAACAGUAGAGCAAAACACAAUAAUUCCAAAUAUAGAAAACUCAAAACUUGAUGCCUUGCUCAAAGAGUCUCUAUUGAAAGAGAGAUUUUCACCUGAACCUUCCCUUCUAAUGAAAACACUGGUGGCAUGUACUGGUAACCAGUUUUGUGGGCAAGCCAUAAUAGAGACAAAGGCCAGGGCGCUGAAAGUAACUGAAGAAGUGGAGAGGCAAGUGGUAGUGACUAGGCCAGUGAGAAUGCAUUGGACUGGUUGUCCUAACACUUGUGGGCAGGUGCAGGUUGCUGAUAUUGGUUUCAUGGGGUGUAUGACUAGGGAUGAGAAUGGUAAGGUUACUGAAGGUGUGGAUAUUUUCCUGGGAGGGAGAAUUGGAAGUGAUUCACAUUUAGCAGAGGUUUAUAAGAAGGGUGUCCCUUGCAAGGACUUGGUGCCCAUUGUGGUAGACAUACUGGUAAAACAUUUUGGAGCUGUCCAAAGGAAUAGAGAAGAAAGGGAUGAUUAAAUUUUAUAGUUCAUUGGUUAUUUUUGUUUCUUAACUAAAUCUACUGUUACCUUCAGAUAAAAAUAUCAUUGUCCUCUCCAAAAUAAAUGAAUAAGGGUUGAUAUAAGGAUA